CAAAUAUAUGGGUUUGGGAUUCUGCAAAGUUGAAAUCCAGUUGUGCACUAGAAGACGAAUGAGGAAAUUGCUUCCACUUGAGCUACAACAGGCCCUCCAAAACUUAGAGGAGAUUAGAGUUUGGAAUUGCAAACAAAUGGAGGAGAUAAUAGUAUCAUCAGAUUCAAAUGCAUCAUCAAAUAAAUUCACUUUUCCCAAGUUAAGAAUAUUGCUGUUGGUUUAUUUACCCUAAUUGAAGAGCAUUUGUAGUGCCAAAAGAGUUGUGGUUUGUGAUUCUAUUGAAGUAAUUGUAAUAUUUGAAUGUCGGGAGUUAAAGAGGAUCCCUGUGCAGCUUCCCCUGCUUGAUAAUGGCCAAGCAUCUCCUCCUCCUCAUCUCAGAGAAAUGAGGAUAGAUGAAGAGUCAAAAGAAUGGUGGGAAUCAAUGGAGUGGGAUCAUCCCAAUGCUAAGAACCUCCUUAAACCUUUCUUGAAACAUUCUACAUAUCCAUGAGUUUGAGGUGUGAAAUGAAGAGCUGCAAACUGCAAACUGCAAACUGCAAAUGCAAAGGGAGUUGUUGAGUAGACAAAUCAUAACUUUCCAGAAAUUAAAGUCACGUGCCACCUCAAUAACACGUGCCAAUAAAAGCAAUUUCACGGUUCGUUCAUUCCCUCCCCAACAAAAACAAUUGGGGUAUUCUAGAAGAGAAAGAGAUCAAUGUUUCUGAGAUGGAAACCCUAAAUGGGUAUAUUCUGGAAGACAAAGAUAUGCAGCCUUUGCUCCCUCACAAACUCCAACUAGGUAUGCUAGCUGGAAAUGUGCCCCCUGUAAUUGCCGGGUAAACUAGAUCCAGUAAGGCCUCAAGGAGAGGAAGUUUUUAGGUUUCUAGGUUUCCUACAAAACUUUUUGGUGUCAUGAUAAUGAAUUGUGCAAAGAGGUGAAUUUUUCCUUUCUGAGAGUGCAGUUAAAGUUCACAUAUGCAAGUCAAAGCGUGGAGACACAUACUCAUGAUUGUUAUCUAUUUAGGCUACUUGCAGAGUUUGUUUGAAAAAUAUGGUCUUGCUUGUUGAUUAACAGUCCUACAAGUUACCAUAUAAAGCUUCUUAGUGGAGUCUUAAACUCAUAGGUUAGAUUUUCCUUAAAAAUGGCAUCUCAUUAUGAACAAUUUUCUUCUGUUUAUUUAUUACUUUUACUUUGUUUGGUGGAUUAGCCCCAAUCUAAACUUCUAAACCCCCUCCCUAAAUCCAAAUCCAAAUGUGUUUCAGGAGUACAAUGCAUCAAUUGAGUGCUAUGGGCUCCCUUCAUGAGUCUGAUUCAUACCAUUCAACGUAUCAUACUGUCUUGAGAUGACUAGUGAACCUUGCUGCCAUAGCCAAACAUGGCAAGAGCUAGGAAGGAGUUGAUGUGUCGGUGUUUGAGAGCUAUCUUUGAUGGAUGCACAAUCACUUCUUUAAGUUUGCUCUUCUCCUUUGUUUGCUCGCCUUUUCUUAUAAUCAGACACUGUUUGGCUUGCAAUUGGGUUCGUAGGUCUGUUGCUGCUUCUAAUUUAUUUGGUCUAACGAAUUUGAUUUUCUUUAAUUUCUUUUAUUAAAUUUACAAGUAUAUUGCCUAUUUAGAUCUUUUAUCUUAAUUCUAUAUGCCUAUGUUAUCUUUAAAGUAUAUAUAUUAAAAGAAAAAUUUUAUUUAUUUAUUUAUUUUUGCGAGAGCUUGACUUUAUUAAAAAUCUCCAAUAUCUUUCAUUCUGGAAUUGUUUUUUAGCAAUUGUUAGUUUCUUUUUCUUUAAAUGUGCUUUUACCAAUAAUUUGUAGUUACUUAACAAAUUUUAUGAGUUUUUCUUUUCGAUAUUGUAACUAAAUAGACACAUGACUGACUA